CGGGGUCCUGGCCCACGUUGCAAGGCAGGAAGAGCGAUGUGUUGAGCCUCCAAUGUCAAAGUUGUUGCUGUGUAAUCCAGUUAGGCAGCAUGAAUCAGCAUUAACACACGUUUUACACGCAGCCCACAGGCGGUGCAAACAGCGGGACUAUAACUAUGUCUACAAAGCGAUGUGUACGAUUGUUUUCUGGGCUUCAACGCCACAUCAACACCCGGGCUCCUCGCACCGUCGCUGACAGCUGCCAUGCGUUGUCUGGCUCUACUUGGUUGCAUCAGCAGCCCCAGGUUGGUUCUGUUGUCUGCCGCAGAACGUUUUCCUCCAGCAAGCUUCCUCCAAAACAAGCGGACACGUCUCUGUUUGUCCCCGUGUCGCUGAAGACGGACUUCUCGUUAGACGGGGCGGUGGGCGAGGAGCUGACCCACGCACUGGACAAAAGUGAGCUGCUGAAAAUCAUGAACCGGUUUUAUAAGAAGAAGGAGAUACAGAAGCUGGCAGCAGAUCAUGGCCUGGAUGCUCGUCUCUUCCACCAGGCUUUCAUCAGCUUUAGGAAGUACACCCUGGAAAUGGCAUCGCUCCCAGCCGAUCUACACAUCAUCCUCAGUGACAUCUGCUGUGGAGCAGGUCACUUGGAUGACAUCUAUCCAUACUUCAUGCGCCACGCCAAGCAAAUCUUCCCCAUGCUGGACUGUAUGGACGAUCUGCGGAAGAUCUCCGACCUCAGACUCCCAGCUAACUGGUACCCUGAGGCUCGUGCCAUCCAGAGGAAGGUGAUUUUCCACGCUGGUCCCACUAACAGUGGUAAAACCUACCAAGCUAUUCAGCGCUACUUGGCGGCUAAAUCUGGCGUUUACUGUGGACCUCUGAAACUCCUGGCCCACGAGAUCUUUGAGAAGACCAACAGUGCUGGUGUGCCAUGUGACCUAGUUACAGGAGAGGAGAGGACCUUUGUGGACUUGGACGGACGAGCAGCAGGUCAUGUAGCCUGCACCAUUGAGAUGUGCAAUGUCACCACACCUUAUGAGGUGGCUGUAAUUGAUGAAAUUCAGAUGAUCAAGGAUCCUUCCAGAGGCUGGGCCUGGACCAGAGCUCUGCUAGGUCUCUGUGCAGAAGAGAUCCAUGUUUGUGGAGAAGCUGCAGCCAUAGACUUUAUCAAAGAGCUGAUGUUCAGCACUGGAGAGGAGGUGGAGGUCCACACCUACCAGCGCUUAACUCCAUUCUCCAUCUUGGAUCAUGCAGUCGAAUCACUAGACAACCUAAAACCUGGGGAUUGUAUUGUCUGCUUCAGUAAAAAUGACAUCUACUCCAUAAGCAGACAGAUUGAAGCCAAAGGACUAGAAUGCGCUGUCAUUUACGGGAGCCUGCCUCCUGGCACCAAACUGUCCCAGGCCAAGAAGUUCAAUGACCCAGAUGACCCAUGCAAGAUCCUGGUUGCUACAGAUGCUAUUGGCAUGGGCCUCAACCUGAGUAUAAAACGCAUCAUCUUCAACUCUCUGGUGAAGCCUAAUGUUAAUGAAAAGGGGGAGAAACAGAUGGAGACCAUCAGCACAUCCCAGGCUCUGCAGAUAUCCGGCCGCGCAGGGAGGUUCUCCUCCAAGUUUAAGGAAGGAGAAGUCACCACCAUGCACAGAGAUGAUCUGCCCAUCCUGAAGGAAAUACUCAGUCAUUCAGUGGAACCAGUGGAGACUGCAGGUCUCCAUCCAACUGCAGAGCAGAUAGAGAUGUUUGCGUAUCAUCUCCCUGAUGCUACCCUGUCCAACCUCGUUGACAUAUUUGUCAGCCUGUCUCAGGUGGAUGGUCUGUAUUUUGUCUGCAACAUUGAUGACUUCAAGUUUCUGGCUGACAUGAUUCAGCAUAUCCCACUAAACCUGAGGUCACGCUACGUCUUCUGCACUGCUCCCAUCAACAAGAAGCAAGCUUUUGUGUGCACCUCCUUCCUGAAGUUUGCUCGUCAGUUUAGUCGAGAUGAACCUCUGACCAUUGACUGGGUCUGUCGACACAUCAACUGGCCCCUGGCUCCCCCCAAAAACAUCAAAGAACUGGUUCACCUGGAAGCUGUUCACGAUGUGUUGGAUCUUUACCUGUGGCUAAGCUACCGCUUCAUGGACAUGUUUCCAGACACAGCCUUGAUUCGACACAUCCAGCGGGAGCUUGAUGACAUCAUCCAGCAGGGAGUCCUUAAUAUCACCCGUCUCAUCCAAGCCACUGACCCAUCGAUCGCUGACCCGCUGCUGACACAGAGUCACCAUGCGCCUGGCAGCCGAGUUCGCAGAGCAGCGAGGGGGUCAGGAGAGACGAUGGACAGCUCUCUGGCCAGUCGCCUGGUGAGAGAUGGGCUGUUGACUUCUGAUUUGCUCCGGCAGCUGCAGAGAGAGUGGUCUAAGGAUCAGAAGCAGGGAUCCACCAAUCACAGUGCGCUCAACACUGAACAUCCCAAUAACAGCCUCAAAGGUCAAAGGAAGAAUAAGAAGACAUAAACAGGAACAUCUGGCUGUUACUGCUCUUGUGGCGAAUUAAACAAAACUGACCAAACUGACCUGAGUUCAGCCACUGAUCAUUGUGGGAAAUGUCAUGUUUGCCCGAGCUGCUGCUGGGCCACGGUUCUGACAGGCAGACUUCACAAGUAGAACAUGUAGAGCAGCUGGACAACGUGUGUUCAGCAACUACAUGAGCUGUUAUCUUAGCUCUUAGUGUCUUUAUUCAAAUGAACAAAACAUAUUUUUCUUGUUUGUGUAUUUAAAAUGAAGACAUUUGUUAAUAAAUAUCUAUUGUUUUAAUUGCA